UCAUUCUUCUAGCAGUGUGGGAUGUAUUGCACAUGGGGGGGUUGGCGAGGAGUGAUUAUAGGAGUGUAAUAAAGAAGACAUGCAGAGUAUACAUGGAGGAAAGAAAAAUUAUGAUAGGAGUCAGUGUGUAAUAAAGAAGACACGCAGUGUAUACAUGGAGGGAAGAGAAGUGAUGAUAGGAGUCGGUGUGUAAUAAAGAAGACAUGCAGUGUGAGGAGAUGAGGGUCGCUCUAUAAUAAGGGAAGUGUGUCCGGUGUCAUGACGUCACCCCCCCUCGUGAUGUAUUUGUUUACUCGUGUAUGUGUGCUGGUUUGGAUGGGACGAAGCUUUAUUGACAAAGGCCAGAGUGACAGCAUGGCGGGGGCCAUGUAUGAGUGCAGGGUGUGAUGGCCGUACGGUGAGCUUGCAGUGAGUGAGUUUGUUGGGCCCACCAUGUCGGUAUGUAUGCGGCGUCUGAUCUCCAACACCCGGGGCUUCCUAUGGUCGGACAUGGAGACCCGAGCCUUGCUGGACAUCUGGGGGGAGGCGGACGUGCAGUCGGCCCUGGACGGCAAUUUCCGUAACAGCCAUGUGUACCGGGACGUGGCCGGCCGCCUCAAUGAGCUGGGCUUCGAGCGUACCCCCGAGCAGUGCCGCAUCCGCAUCAAGGGCCUCAAGCGCCAGUACUACCAGGCCCGGGAGGGCUUCACCAAGAACGGGCACGCUCGCAAGAUCUGCCGCUACUACGAUGAGAUGGAUCGCAUCCUCAGUACGAGGGCCGGCCCGGCCUGCAGCACUAUGGAGCAGAACUGUACAACCAUCCUCCUCCAGCCUGAUCCCCCAUGUACGAAGGAGGAGGAGGACGAUGACCUGGAGGAUGAGGAGGGGGGACCGGAGUCAUCUCAGGACAACUUCACAGAGGACUCCGGGGAGGGAUCCGAACACCCCAUCAAGGUGGAGGAUGGAGGGGGCUUUGCCAUCCCUCUGCACCCCGGGGAAGGUUAUAAGACUAUUCAUGCCAAUUCAAAUCCACCUCAGGUACCUCAGCUUAAAAAGUCCAAAAAACAUCACUCAAACCCAACUUUGGACAAAAUGAUGGAGCGCUUCCUUCAGCAAAGCGUGGAUGCUGAAGAGAAGUUCUACAAAUAUGAGGAACAGAGACUGCAAGUAGAGGAGAAAAGGAGAGACGCUGAGCACAACCGUGAGAUCCAAAUGUUGCAGAUGUUGGGACAAAUGCUAAAUGGCAUCUCCUCUGCCACAUCUCAGAUGACUACGCCUGGCAAUGUUCUCAGCCCCCGCAGAGGCGAUGUCAGAACGUUUGGGGAUACAAUGCACUUUAAUACUACAGCAUCCUAUUCUUCUCCUAUAGUUCUGGAGAGAGCCUUUUCCUUGCGCCACACACGCCCAUCAAAGGACAUGGACAAUAUUUUCCAGCUGGUGAGAAAUGUUAUCCCUCCACUUGCUUCUAAGAAACACAAGGGCCAGGAUGGGAAGAUUGGAAUUGUAGGAGGCUGUCAAGAAUAUACUGGAGCUCCAUACUUUGCAGCAAUUUCAGCACUCAAAGUGGGUGCAGAUUUGUCACACGUAUUUUGUACCAAAGAUGCAGCAACUGUCAUUAAGUCAUACAGUCCAGAGCUGAUUGUACAUCCAGUUCUGGAUCAACCAAAUGCUUUACAGGAAAUUGAAAAUUGGCUGCCAAGAUUACAUACACUUGUAAUAGGUCCCGGCCUUGGAAGACACGAUUCUAUACUGGAAACAGCAAAGGGUAUUAUAGAAAAAGCAAAGACGAAAGGUAUUCCUCUAGUGAUAGAUGCAGAUGGACUAUGGCUUAUUGCCCAGCAGCCAUCUAUCAUACAAGGCUAUCAGAGAGCUGUGCUCACUCCAAACUUCAUGGAGUUCACCCGGCUGUAUGAAGCAAUGCUCACUGAACCUGUAGAUGCCAGUGACCAGAAUGGAAGCGUACUGAGGCUAAGUCAGGCAAUGGGAAAUAUAACUAUAGUGCAGAAAGGAGAUAGGGAUCUGAUUUCCGAUGGAGAUAAAGUGUUCGUCUGCACUCACGAAGGAAGUAACCGUCGAUGUGGAGGACAGGGAGAUCUUCUGGCUGGUUCUCUUGGUGUCUUGGUACAUUGGGCAGGCCUUGCUGGACCAGAAAAGAUAAAUGGCCACAAUCCUUUGAUGGUGGCAGCAUUUGGAGCCUGUUCCUUGACGAGACAAUGCAACCAGCAAGCGUUCCAGAAAAAUGGGCGUUCCAUGACCACAGGCGAUAUGAUCUCAGAAGUUGGAACAGCUUUUAACAAACUGUUUGAGACUUGAUACUACUGAUGCUGUGUAUUUUAAAUAAUGACGGUUUUCUUCACAAGACUUUCAAACCAAACUUCCUGGGUUGUAGCACCAUUUGAAAUGUGACAAGCAAGUAAUCCUUUCCGGCUUUAGUAAAACCUAUAUAGGUGUGUUUUA